AUGGAGGAGGAGAAGAAGGACCUGCUCCGUCGGCUGACCAUCAUCUCGAUCCCGUUCGUGUUCGUGGCGAUCAUCGUGGGCAAGCUCUCCCCUCACGCGGCGGCGCCCGGCUCCGGCGCGGGCUUGCCGGGGCAGAACCACUCGGUGUCGAUGCUGAGCACGAUGACCGGGGGCCAGAUGAUCCUGAGCUGCGGCGCGGGCUUCGCCGGCGACUGGGAGUACUUCCACUACUACAUCCUGGACCCGUACAAGCCGCAGCAGGCCUUCUUCCAGCCGCAAGCCGACCCCUACGUCAUCUACUGCAAGUGGGGGUACAUGGGCAACUUCCUCCAGGACGCGGUCGUCUUCAACCGCAGCGCCGGCUGGGCGGCGCAGUGCCGCGUCGACAACGGAGGGUGCCGGUACCUGUUCCAGGACGGGCAUAUGUUCCUGGUCACCGGGAGGCACGGAGCCAAGGGGGCGGCGGCGGCGGCGGCGGCCGGGCCGCGGCAGAGGCGGGAGAAGACGCUGGUCGGGGACGUUGUGCUCAGGGAGUGCAGCCACGUGCUGGGGGUGUUCCCCACCAUGUGCCGGUACAAGCCUCACGACCACCAGUACGUCGGCAAGAUCAUCGGCCGGUGGCGGUGGUGGUUCAACUACUAG